GCAGCCAGACCGCGGGCAAGAUGGACAGGAAGAGAAAGAGGGCCUCAAAGACGAACGGGAGAGGUUUGGCAAGAUAUUUUGAGGUUGUUGGUAGUGGCAGUAGCUCCAAUCCAAAUCCAAGUACCCACGAAAGUCGGAAUGCUACAACCAGUCUUGAGGCUACGACACAUUCUGUUCAUCAAAAUCAAGCACAUGUUGAACGAGUUACAGAUCCCAUGGAAGGAGAUAAUGCAAAUUUCACAGCGGAGGAGAAUGUUGAUUCAGGACUUGAAGGUAUAACCGUUUUUUGUGUAGAUGACAUACAAGGUGAUCUAGGACUUCGCAUUCCAAUAGAUAGAUUUAGCCUCAAUAUUAGAGAUGAUGUUAGAUUUGCUUACCUAGAGAUGGGUCCAACUCAACCAAUUGAUCACAAUUUUCCACCAAAUAAAGAUGAAAGGUGCUUUCGGCCAGCAUGGUAUAAGGACUUUGAUUGGUUGGGUCAAAGAAAGGAAUCCGGAAGUGAAGGUUGCAUUUGAUGAGCUAUGUCCUAAAAAUGCCAAAAUGACUUCUGGAAUCAUUCAAAAAGCACUUGCUAAGCAUUGUGCAAUGGCGGUCACCAAAGCAGUCAAAGAAGAGAUGGAUGGUUGCCUUUUCUCUGUUCUUAUUGAUGACUGUCGUGAUAUUUCAGUGAAAGAACAAAUGGCCGUGGU